UACAUAACCUAUUAUGAAGACUCUGACAGUCUUCCUGGAAAGAGAACAGCAGUUUGGGAGCUUGACAAGGGUAUGUAAAAUGUCUUACAAAUCACGUUAACUGUUGUAUGCAAUUUUGGACAACAGUGGCUUCAAAGGAUUUCAGGCUCAGUAAAUACUUACACUUGGCUUAAAGGAAAUGCUUUGCUGAGAAUGAGUGAAAAUUCUCUGUUAUAAAAUGUCUGGGUUUGCAAUAUUAGACUUUUCAUUGUUUUAUUUUAUCUAAUAUCUAAUAUGUUAUUUGUUAAUAGAAAGUAAAUGUAUCUAGCAAUCAAUUAUACACUUCACGCAUAUUUAUCUGUUCACAUGUAUUGUAUGUAUCAUUUCCCUUAAACAGGAUGAAUGAACCUUAUAGCCAAAUAAAUGAGUUUUUGGUUUGUGCUCCAAGGGUAGUAAAAUAGUAAGAAAAAAUUAUGGCUACAUCUCAAGGUCACGGGUUGUGGAAAGCAAGUUUUGCAUUUUAAGGUCAUAUUCAACAAAAAAAAUAUGAAAUAAUCUUUGCUGAAAUAACGUUAGCUCGCUUAAAUUCCACAAGAACAUGAAGUACAAUUUAUGCUGAUAUUCUCUUAGCAUAGUGAAAAAAAUGUUGUAAAAGCUUCUCUGUCUUCCUUUCAUCUGAGUAAUAGCAUUACAGAUUAUACCACAGCCCACAAACAUUUGACCGUAUUAUAGUUUCCUCACAAUUUUAAACAUUAGGAAAGAACUAAGACCCAUAUAGAUAGAUCUAGUUCUUUUCUUACUCUAGUUUGUUUCUUCUCUUUAUCAAUCAUAACGGCACUUUAAAAUUAGUUGGAAUUGCUUUCAUGUAGCAAAUCACAGGCACAUUGUUAGAUCUCCAGUUCUAAUGCGGGAAUUGUGGCUUGAGAUGUGGCAUGAUAACUAUCCUGAUUCAAAAUCAAAAUUUGUUACAAAAGGUGGAUCUCUUCUUUCUUAGUUCUUUUUGUUUCAUUAAAUUGUUUUACCUCUUAAAUUUUACAUGGAACGACUAAGCGUGGACCUUUGAGGGAAGAUGACUAUUAUUGGGAUUAUGGAAAAGCUCGCUGUGCAUGGUCUGAGCAUUGUGAAUAUAGAUACGUUUUUGGAGAUGUUCACCUUGGGCAGAGCUGUAGAUUGAGGAAUUCUUCAGCUGAUCUCCUCUUGCAUUACUUAUAAAAUACGAGGACUCUUCAGAUGUUUCUUCAAGAGCUGGCAUCUCACCACCAUUUUGUUUCCAUAGUUGCAGACAUGCUGCAUAGUGCCAAUUGGAGGCACAUGUGACGAAUUGUAAAGAUCCUCACUUCUGAAAGUAAAUGGCGAUGAUGUGCUUUGAAGUAUUCACUCUACAUGUAAGCCGGUGGCGUUUUGCAAAAAUUGCAGGUUGCCGAAAUUGUUAAAGGUCUCUUUUUAGUAUAAAGUAGAAGUUUGGGUGUAUUUGUACAUCCCACGAAAAGGAACUUUUACGAUGUAAUCAUCUAACAUUUGAAAUUUGUAAGAUUCAUUCUUGGAAGCAUUUGAACAAGUCUACCUAGUUGCAUAAUAUAACACAAUUUCUAAUUUCAACCUUCUCA